AUCAACCAAUCGCUUCGUUGAAAACUUAUGCUACCAGCCAAUCAGAGGCGAGCGGGAGAUCGAAGUCAGGAGGAGGAAGGCGCCGUUUGUUCGAAAUAGGAAAGUUGGCGCGGCUGAGGGAGGGGGGUCUGGAGCCCGACGGUUAACUGGAAUCGGUUCAUGUCUUGUGUGGGGAAGGCGGCUGGGCUCAGGCCUGCGGGAGAAGGAUUGUCUUACAAAAUGGUAGAAGAUGAAUUGGCACUGUUGGAUAAAAACAUAAAUGAAUUUUGGAAUAAAUUCAAAAGCAAUGUCAGUGACACGUCCUGUCAGAUGGUGGGACUGAGAGAUACCUACAAGGACAUCAAUAAAGCAUUGACAGAAAAGCUGUCUGUGAAAUUAAAGGAAGAAGAACGAAUGGUUCAAAUGUAUCAAGAAUAUCAGAAUCAGAUCUGCAGGCAGAAUAAGCUCAUUGAAGAAAAAAAAGAUAACUUGUUAAAGUUGGUUGUUGAAGUAAAUGGCAAAAAGCAGGAGUUGGAAGCACUGACUACAAAAAUCCAGGAUCUGAAGGAAGAAUAUGCCAGCAAGAAGGAAACUAUUUCCACUGCUAAAAAAGCUAGUGAAGAGAGUUUGCAAAGGCUACAGAAAUCUGUCGACUUGUAUAAAGAUCGACUUGGACUAGAAAUUCGAAAAAUUUAUGGUGAUAAAUUACAGUUCAUAUUCACUAACAUUGACCCUAAGCAUCUUGAUAGCCCAUUUAUGUUUUGCCUGCACCUAAAUGAAGCAAGGGACUAUGAAGUGUCAGAUAGUGCUCCUCACCUUGAGUGCCUAGCAGAAUUUGAAGAGAAUUUAAGGAAGACCAAAAAUUUUUCGGCCUUUCUUGCUAAUGUUCGGAAAGCUUUUAGUACUAUGGUUCAUAAUUAA